AUGCAGGCAGCUGCGGCCUAUGGCCUUGAGUUGCAGGCUCGCUCCAUUGCGCCGCUUUACCACUCGUCAAAUGGAAAGAUUGACUCCCACCGGUUUCUUGUGGGAACGUCUAGUUUCGCAGGCGACAACAAAAUUCAUGUGCUUGAGUACCAAGACGAGACGCGGCUUCUUGAGUGUUCGACCGUUUGGUUUCACGAGGAGGAGGUAUUUGGGCUGUGGAGCUCACCGUCCUUGACGGAGCCAAGCUUGCUUGCAGUGAGCUCGCCAGGCACGACGCGUGUCUUUCAGGUCCCAGAGACGCUCUCUAGGGAACUGCGGGACGUCACCGCCUUUGACGUGGUCGCCUCACAAGUCCUGUGGGACCUGGACGGGCUGCAGAACGAGGUCCGGCUGACGUCGCAGGACACGCUGCGGGUGUACGCGCUUGGCGAGGGGAAUGCUGGGAAGGAGGUGAGCCGCUUCUGCAUUGGCGGGGGCACGCAGAUUAGCUGCGCCGCCCUGGACGCCCACCACUCCUCCGUCUGCAUGGUAGCCUGUGAAAAACUUGGUCUUUACCUCAUUGACACACGCAAGAAGAAUCCCGAGUCUAUCGCCAACACAGCCACCCUGCAUGGAAUGGGACUGACACGCUGCAUAGACUUCAGUUCCUGUCAGAUGAAUCUUAUUUUGACUUCGGGUGAUGAUGGAUGCGUGCUCUGGCACGACCUUCGCAUGAGUGGAACGACGUGCUGCGUGGAGCGGAGGCAACACCUACAGGCGCAUAAUCACGCUGUACCAAGAGCCCUACUGAACCCCUUCCGUGAUGAACUACUCAUCUCGUGCAGCUCUGAUCACACGCUGAAGCUCUGGGACAGUUCCAAGCAGGGCGACGAUCACGAGCCUGCGGUUUGCCUGAAGAAACUCGCCGACUUUGGUGACUCCGUCGUUGAUGCGUGCUGGAGCAGUGGUGCCCCGUGGGUCUUUGCGGGGGUCUCGUACAACGGAAGGGUUCUUGUGGAUGACGUUCCGAAGGAGAAAAAGAUGGCAAUUCUCCUGAACGAUGGCUGA